UUUCAUAAGAAACAUAAAUUGUCAUUAAUUUUCUUAAGUCCAAAAGAAGCUUUCAGCUUCCAUGAGCUGAAGCUACUUCAGCUAAUUGAAGCCCCUUUCACCAGACUAUUCUCCCACUCUUGCCUGCCAAACCAGAAGAUCAGACUUUGCUGUUGCAAAAUGUGCUUUUAACAUGGAGGCUGGGUAAGAGUCUUGUCCUAAAAGAAGUCUUGAAAGUGUAUCUAAUACCUCCUGGAAUCUAAAAGGUAUUCUUGAAAACAUACAUGAAACCUAUUUAAUAGAUACUGGCUACAUGCUGGCUAUUCUGAAAAAUACAAUAUUCUGAAAAAUACAAGAGAAUCCCAUGUGGAGUGAGUACUUAAUAACCAAUAACUUCUUAACUGGUCCAGCUUAAAGUGAACAUAAAAUGAAAGAGCACUGGAAUGAUAAUUUCUCAUGGGGCAUAUGUGUGCCUGGGGACAGUGAUUGCCUAGAGAUAGGACUGUUUGGAUUCUUGCACCUUUCUGUGCAAAAGUGCCUAUUAAAAUCAGUUUAAGCUUCUUUUUAAUUGUAACUUUAAAUGUAAAGUUGGUUAUCACAAUCGAAUAUGUUCUUCAAACACUCUUUCCAAGAUUUACCUGAAAGUUUUUCAGAGUUAUAAAAAUAGAGAGAAGAUAAUAGACAGAAACCAGUAAAUGUUAGUGAUUUGGAAGAGUAAACACAAAUCAAAAGAGAUUCUUACCACUCCCGGAACAAAACCAACUUUAUGCACCAAAGGAAAAAUACCCAAAGUGAUACCAAAAAUAAAACGACCAAUAUAGAAUUGAAUGUUUGGCUGAGGAAUUAUCUGUUGUCAGAGUAGAAGCAGAUCAAGGACUGAGAUUUCACAAACUCAGGGAAGGUUUACAGGCUCUGGCUGCUUGACUGAAGAACCUCUUAGAAAACACUGAAGGGUUGCCAGGGUCCUGAGGUUCACCACAGUCACCAAAGCAAAGCCUUUCGGGUGUGCAUAUUUAACAGGAACACUCCACGUAUGUAUGCAGAGUGUGCCAGAAGGAGGAACUAUUACCACUUAUGAUAAAAGUGGUUUAUCUGUCUGUUACAAAAUCAAACCCUGUUAAUUGCUUGAAAAUUCCCUGAGAAACAAAGCUCCACCCCCUUGCUUUGUAACCAUAACAGCAUGGAAAACGAAAUAAGAAUUACACGGCAGGGCAUUGUUCUCAUGCUGAUGGAAGUAGGAGUUAAGGGCGAAUGAAAAGACAUGAAAAGUCCCAGCAGGAAACAGUCAACAUACUUCAGAGUAAAACAUUAAACUGACCUCACUACUUGUAAGGAAUCAUGCUACAUUUCUUGGUCCCUUUACCAUGCACUGCCACCAAUGAUCUACUACUUCCCUCUUCAGACACUGGCACUCACAGGCGUAGAAGUUUUUGCUGUUGCCUUCUUUUCCCCGAUAUUCUUGACAAUUGGCCCUCUUUGGAGGUUGGCUAACAAUGAGCAUGUCCUAGCCUUUCUGAGAUUGACUAUGGUUGGAAGCUUAGCAUCAUACCAUGCACCAAAUGCUUCAAUUAGACUGCUCAUCUUGGCUGCUGGUGUUUCUUCUUCAUUGCUGGUUCAAACAGUAACAUGGUGGUCAGGAAACAGUUUACAAAGAUUCAUCAGGAUAUGGGGCUUCAUGCUAGGCAAGGUAAUGCUCCUUGUUCUUCGUAUCUGGUACACAUCACUUAAUCCAGUCUGGAGCUCACAAGUUGCCAAUACUGUCAUACUGACAAUUGGUUUUGUAGCAGCAGUGGAGCAAAUUCAUUCAGGUGGAGACAAGAGGAAACAAGAAACAAACAAAACUGGUAAUGUGAUUAGAGAGACUGCUUCCCAUCCUCAUUGGUUUUUAUCAGGGAUUGCUUUUGGCAGCCUCAUGUUCCUCACUCUGUGGAUAUUUGGAGAGGUUUCAUUAAUUUCCAGAUGGGCAGUAAGUGGACAUCCACAUCCAGGUCCAGAUCCUAAUCCAUAUGGAGGUACAGUUCUCUUGGGCCUUGCUCAUGGAUUGAUGCUUUCAUUUUGGAGCUGGUCUUCUGUCAUCAGUUUUGCCUUGUUUCUUAUAGGUUUGGCAUCUUCAGCUGGUCUCCUUUAUUUACAUACCUGGAGUGCUGCUGUUGCAGGCAACCUUCUUGGUAUCUUUACUAUGUGUGUGUGGCCUCAGCUAGCUGGACGCUUUGUUAGCUGUCUGCAUCCUGGGAAAGUCAUGAGCACAGCCAUGUUUGCCUACGUCCUUGAAUUAUUCUUCUGUGUAUGGUGUACAGCUUAUAAAUUUGUACCUGGAGGAGUUUACAUUAGAGAAAGCUCCCAUCUUCUUCUAGGUUUUAUAAUGUUAUGUAUUGGGGUAGACUUUCUAUCAGGACCCAAGAAAGACCUUAGCUCUGUCUUUGAAGUGAAAAGCAAUCAAAAACCAUUCUUCAAAAGGUGUAAAAAUUAUAUUAAACUACUAUUGUGGCUGUUUGUUGGUGUUGGUUUGCUUGGAUUGGGUUUACGUUAUAAAACUUACCAGAAGAAGUUGGGCCAAGGGGUUCCAAAAAGAGAUUUCUCUGCUAUGAUCUGGCCUUUUAGAUUUGGAUAUGACAAUGAAGGAUGGUCUAAUUUGGAAGGAUCAGCUAAUUUGCUUAAUCAGACAGAAGCAGAUUUUAUCACUAUUAUAGAGAGUGAUGCCUCUAAACCAUUCAUUGGAAACCAUGAUCCAACAAUGUGGCUAGGAGAAAGAUUGGGAUUUUACACAGAUUUUGGUCCAAGCACAAGAGAUCACACUUGGGGGAUUAUGGCACUAUCCAGAUAUCCAAUUGUAAAAUCGACCCAUCACCUCCUUCCAUCUCCAGAGGGAGAGAUUGCCCCUGCCAUCUCCCUGACUGUCAACUUCACAGGGAAGCUGAUUGAUUUUGUUGUUGCUCACUUUGGAAAUGAAGAAGAGGACUUGGACAGAAAACUUCAAGCUAUAGCUGUUUCAAACCUAUUGAAGACUAGCUCUAAGCAAGUUGUGUUUCUAGGAUACAUCACUUCAGCUCCUGGAUCCAGAGACUAUACUGAAUUAAUAAAAAAUGGAAAUGUGCAGGAUAUUGACAGUACAGAUCGGGACAGAUGGUGUAGCUAUAUCAUGUAUCGUGGAGUAAUAAGGCUGGGUUAUGCCCGCAUAUCUCAUGCUGGUUUAAGUGAUUCAGAAGUCCAGAUGGCCAAAUUUAGAAUCCCAGAUCAUGUGGAUAGCUAUGUUGACAAUGAUGGAAUUGUCACUGAUCCCAGCCAAGUUCCUGAGGACAUCCAUUUCAAUCCCAGAGGUUUCACAGAAUCACAGAAUAUUCUGAAUUGGAAGGGACUCACAAGGACCACUGAGUCCAGGUCUCAAGUAAAUGGCUCAUACGGGGACUGAACUCCAACCUUAGUGUUAUUAACACCAACCAGCUAAGGUCAAGAAAAGAUGGUGAAAAUAGGAAAAUAUCCUGAGACACAGGCAGGAAGUUCUAUAGAAAUAAUUUCAACGAGUUAGUGAGUAAGUAAGAAUUUCAAAUAAUGUGAGCUUUCAUUGCUCUGACAUGGGUUUUAGUACAUGACUUUUGAAAAGUGGAUUCAUUUUUUUGUGGACUCCACCCUCUUCUCUGUAAAACAGGCAGUGGAAAACAAGCAAAAUAAAUCAUCUGCA